AUGAAAAAGGUAUACGAAGAGACGGAGGAGCGAAGAAAAGACGUGAAAGAGGCUGCUGAGAAUGGACCACCGAAAGUAGAAGAAGUUGUUGGAAAAAAAAUGGGAAAUAGAAAGGAUGCUCUGAAGUUCCUGUCGGAAGGUUACACACUAGAGACGACUCAAGUUAAGACACAGGUUCCGUUCUUGAUUCGCGGAACACUUCGAGGUGAAAAAUUGAUGGUUGGACUCGAUUGGAUGGUGACGCUUUGUGAGAAGAAUUUGAAUGGAAUUUCGGCUGAUGAAAUCUCGGAAAGACAAUACAAACUAUCUCACUACUCGCACAUUUGGCAAGUUUUGAAUCCAUUUGUGAACCUUAUCUCACUGUUGUUCCAACCAUUGUCAUGUUGA